AAAGAACUGAUACUCUCACUGACUCCGUCGCCUGGACAACCAGGCACAGAGGAGGGAGGGAAGAGAGAAAGAGAAAGGCAGAAAGGGAGAAAACAAAAAAAUGAUAGACAAGACUUAUUAAGCAAAUUAAAGAUCUCAUAAAUUGUGUAGGAAAGGCUGUGCUGAGGUGCAGUCGCUCUCCCUCGUGCAGCUAGAGUACUAUGAAAAUAAAACGGAUCAACAGGGAAAAUUAAGAGAGGAUCUGGAGAACAAGUUUGAAAUGAAAUUGUUCAGCAUAGGUUUGCAUCCUCAGAAGAGGACCCCAUAGGGCUGCACAUCCCAUCAUACCUCUACUCAUCAAGCUCAGGUGCUGCCAUGGACUUAGAAGACGAGCCAUUGUUAUUCCAGAGCAGCUGGGAUGCUGAGGAGGAAGAGGAGCAGGACGAGGAAGAUGGGGAGUCAGAUACACAGAUUAAUGGGGGGAGCAGCACCACUGGAGGCAGCAUAGUGUGGGGGGCGGUGGGCUGGGUCUACACACAGCCCUGGGUGAGUGGGGUGGUCCUGGGAGUUGGAGUCUUUCUUCCCUGUGCCCUCUCUGCCUACAUGUUCCUAUACUGCCCCCCAUUGGACAUAGACCUUUCCUACAGUGCCUUUGAGGUUCACAGCCACUUCUCCGCUGAGCGGUUUGAUGCACUCACCAUUGCCAUAAAGACUCAGUUGGGGUCCUGGGACAGACGCAGGCGUGACGUGAACCACUAUGACUUCACUGCUCUACAGGAGCUGCUGUUGGACAGACUGGGUAGGCAGGGAGAUGAAGCAUCCAACUGGACAUCACACGGAGGGCUGAAUUCGAAAUCUCUGAAAAACCACACGUUCAAAAGAGUAGUUAUGCAACAGAGAGGAGUUGCCCUGAGUCAGCAAGAGACUGAGAGGCAUAUAGAGGCAAGGGCUGGUAAAGCAAAGAUAAGAGAGGAGGAUAAAAAUACAACUAACUUAGGAAAACCUGAGAGUCAUGAGUCCAAAGGGGAAGAGGGCGACAGAGACAGUGAGAGAUCUCACACUAGGAUGCGCAGGUUUGCUCCCAACUACUCAUACCUGCAGAGCCAAGCCCUGUGGAGGAUGGAGCUGGUGUUUGUAGCUCAGGGUGGGGACGACAACAACAUCUUUACCCCAGAGCGUCUCCGCACCAUCCACCACAUAGAGCACCUGCUCAUGCAGCACCCCCAGUUCCACCAGUUCUGUUGGAAGCCUCUGGAGGUCCUGAGAGACCUGCCCCUGGGCCCCUCCUACUGCUCCCCUCCAAGCUCCCUCCUCUCCUACCUCUUCCCCAGUGAACGGGGAGGCAGGAUCUACUAUGAUGGCAUGGGACCUGACCUGGCUGACAUCCAUGGUGCUCUGAGUCUAGCGAUUACCCACCCACAGUUCUACUGGUAUGUGGAUGAGAGUCUGGCCCCUGACCGGCUCUCCUCCUCUCUUCUGCGCAGUGAGAUCCAAUUCGGAGCUCCGCUGCCCUCAUACUACUCCCUCCAGGACCGGCCCGAGGAGCAGAGGCAGCACUUCAGGAACUUUGUGGUUCAGUACGCUGACAUCCUGGCUCAGCAGUCCACCAGCCAGGUGAAGGUGCUGUAUGGGGGCACAGAGCUGUUUGAUAACGAGGUGAGACAGACCUUCCACAGAGACAUGUUGCUGGCGCUGAUCAGUGGGGGCUGCAUCACUCUACUGGUCUAUGUCCUCACCUCCUUCUCAGUGUUCCUGACAUUCUUUGGGCUCACUAGCAUUGGUCUGAGCUGCCAGGUGGCUCUCUUCCUCUACCAUGUGGUCUUUGGGGUGAGAUACCUUGGCAUCCUCAAUGGAGUUGCAGCCUUUGUGAUCAUUGGCAUUGGUGUGGAUGAUGUGUUUGUGUUCAUCAGUACCUUCAGGCAGGCUUCCCACUUGGUCCACCCGGUGCAGAGGAUGAUGUACACGGUGAAAACUGCUGGCCGAGCCACCUUUCUCACCUCCUUCACCACCGCAGCUGCCUACGCUGCUAACACCUUCUCACAGAUUCCGGCAGUGCAUGACUUUGGCCUGUUCAUGGCCCUCAUUGUCAGCUGCUGCUGGCUCUGGGUGUCCCUCCUCAUGCCCGCUGCCCUGUGUAUCUGGACCCAGUGUGUUGACCCCCAGGAGAACACCUGUCUCAAGUGGUGGAAAGCACUUACAGGACUGUCAGUGAGUCACAGUCCUUUGUCAGAUGAGGAUGAAGAUGUGGCCCUCCUGUCGGUGGAGAUGGAGCCAGGCUCCUGUGACACUGAUGUCGAUGCAGCCAUUUUGUCCCUGUCAGUGGAGACCUCGCUCUCACCCCCAGGGCGGGGGACUGCAGGCGUGGUCAGUGCUAACCUUCAGUGGGCUCUGAGGCACUGGGUGGCAGAGCCAGCCGUGGAGAAGCGCAAAGUCAUUCUAGGCAUCUACAUCCUGGUCCUGCUGCUGUCUGCUGGGUGCUGCUGCCUCCUGCGACCGGCUACUCAUGCCCCGUUACUAUUUCGCCCAGACACCAACCUCCAGACUCUACUGGGACUGAGGAACAACCUCAGUGCCCAGGGCAUCUCUUGCCACAUGUGCUCUGGUCUGUUCAUGGAGAAACCACAUCUUCUGCACAGUCCUACCCAUACAACCCCCUCCAUGCCUGGGUUUCAUGCUCAGCAACAUACACAGAGCCCUUCAAACUCAACUCUACAAAGCCCAAUCACACCAAGCAUAUCCUCCAUCACAACAGGGCCUCUGUUGACAGUGUAUGUCUCUAAGCUGGAUGUGGGUGCUUCUAUCACUCUGUACCGCUUCUCUCUGAAUACCAGCAUGCCAUCGCCCUGGAAAAGCCUCAGUGCCGGGCAUGGAGAAGUUCCAUCCUUUCAGGCAUACAGUGGACCUCACAGCAACUUCAGCACCCACAUGACUGUGUGUGUGUCCCGUGUGUACCACCCCCACCCUCGCUGGAUGAUCACUUCCCAGUCUUGUGAUCCACGCCACGGCUGGAGGUCAGAGUUCAGCUUCUAUGUGGCAUCGGCUGAGCAGCAGCACAGCAGGAGGUUGUACUUUGCCCAGCACAAGCUGAGUCCUCAUCCCAGCCGAGUGUGUGCAGAACCACCUGGCUGUGUGAUCAGCUCCGGGCCUGACGGACCCACAAAGGGCUCUUUCUACAUUCCACUCCCCACAGAUUCCACCUCAACCAAAAGGUCCAAGACUUCUGGUUUCAACCCCUGUAGUGGAGGUGGCUGUGGCCAGCCAGCAGUCCGUCCUCUGGUUGACACUGGUGCGAUGGUGUUUGUGGUUUUUGGAAUACUUGGAGUCAACCGCACCCAACGCACAGACAACCACGUCAUUGGGGACAUGGGCAGUGUGAUAUUGGAUCCAAACUUCGAUAUCUUCCAAGAGAUUGGACACCUCUGCCAAAUCUGUAAAGCUAUCAGUGCUAAUAAACAGCUUGUGAAGCCGGGAGGAGCCCAGUGUCUACCGUCAGGCAACAAGCUUUCUUCUAUCCUGCCCUUACUCAACCCAGACUGCCACUCCCUCCCUGAGCCCAACCUUCUGCCAGGCCAGCUAUCCCAUGGGGUCGUGGGGACGCAUGAUGGCAGAGUAAGCUGGCUCUCCAUGGCCUUUGAGUCUACCACCUACAAGGGGAAAUCCUCUUUCCAGACACACUCAGACUUCCUCCAAUGGGAGACCUUCCUACAAGAGCAACUCUCGACUCUCCCAGAGUCCUCUGCUCUACGGAGAGGUUUCCAGACCUGUGAGCACUGGAAGCAGAUCUUUAUGGAAAUCAUAGGUGUCGAGAGCGCCCUCUGCAGUCUGCUCCUGUCCCUAGCCAUCUGUGUGGCAGCUGUAUCUGUUUUCACUGCCCAUCCGCUUCUGCUACUGCCAAUACUGCUCACCAUCCUGGGGGUCAUCUGUCUGGUGGUGGCCAUCAUGUACUGGCUGGGCUGGGAGUUGGGGGCCGUGGAGGCCAUCUCUCUGUCCAUCCUUGUGGGCUCCUCAGUGGACUACUGCCUGCACCUGGUGGAGGGCUACCUGCUAGCUGGGGAGACCAUACCAGCCACAUCAGGACACACUAUGAGCCUGUCAGCUAAAAGGCAGAGAAGGUCCCUAGAUGCAGUAAACCACGUGGGAGUUGCCAUUGUGUCCAGUGCUGUCACCACCGUGAUCUCCACAGUCCCUCUCUUUUUCUGUGUCAUCGUGCCUUUUGCUAAGUUUGGCCAGAUUGUAGCCAUUAACACAGCAGUGUCCAUCUUGUUUACCCUGACUGUGACUGCAGCCAUGUUGGCCACCAUGGGCCCUGCCAACUUCAACAGGCCUCCUGGUGCCGUGCUGAAGGCCAGCCUGGCAGUACUGGGCACCACAGCCUUUGGCGCUGCCUUGUGCUGGGCAGGAGGGCAACUAGGACCAGUCACCUGGCACACAGCAGUCACCAUGUGACCCCACAAACAUAACUCAACUACUACUGUCACCUCUGUAAGCAGAACCAAAAGGCUUGGUCUAAACAUCAGUGUAGUAUUGUUCUAUAAAAGCAGGUGGAAGGUUUCAGAUGUACGUAAAAGCAUCUUGUGGAAGUAGAUAUUUCUUUGUGUGGAUGAUUUAAAGUUUAACAUAGUCUGUUGAGAAUAGGUAGUCUGCAGGACAUGCUUUGGUUUCUGUGGAUGCAGCCUACUGCUGAAAGGAGAUGACACAAUGGUAAUGAAAUACUGGUUGAGUCCACGUUAUUCUGUUCCUGACAGUAAAAUCACUGACUGUUCUCUGACCUCUUGUUGUUAGCACUGACCUCAUCUCUGGCAGUUUGAAACCACACUUUGAGGUCCAAAAAGACUGGUAUUGUACCAUAAACAAAUGCAAGCCA